AUGAUUCCAAGCAAUUAUUGUAAACGUUUUCUUCCUUCAACCUUUCGUAAGGUUUCAAAUUCCGCAAAGGCUUUUCCGAUGAUGGUAUUUGCUUCCUCCUCGUCAUCUUUGAGAACGCAACAACUGUCGAAUUACUCGAGUGGAUUAUUCGAAAGUUCGGUGCGGAAUUUCUAUAGAACAACACAUUUUAAACAACAACAAGAUGAGAAUGAAAAAGUGGAAGCACAACAUGUAGCUGAUCGUUCCGACUGUAUUUUGAAUGGAACACAUGAGAAUUUUCAAUCAAUUAUUGAAUCGGGUGAGCCAAUCAUUGUUGAUUUUUAUGCUGACUGGUGUGGACCUUGCAAAAAACUUGGACCUGCUCUCGAACGAAAUACUCUCAAGCAUGGAGGAGUUUUUAAGUUGAUUAAAGUCAAUAUUGAUGAACAGCCACAAAUUGCAGAAGCAUUCCAAGUUCAAGAGGUUCCUACCGUGGUAUUUAUUAUGGAUCGAAAGCUUGUUGAUCGAUUCAAGGGAGCAAUACCAGACGAAAGUGUCGCACAAGCUCUCGAUAACUUUGCUCAGUAUGUGACCAGAACGAAGAGUGGAGGCUCAGUAGAACAGCAACAAGCACCUACGGUCGAUGCUGACUCUCCUGAAUAUCUCUUGGGAAUUGCAGCUCAAUUACUGAAGAACGGAGAUCUUGACGAGGCAUCAAAGGUUUAUAGUCAAGUCGUUGAAAAAUCCAUGGAUCAAGAGUUACCAGAUUUUGCUGCUAAGGGAUUAUCUGGACUUUUAACCAUUUCGCUUUUCCAAUACAAAAUGGAUGCAGCUAAAAGUAUUAUUUCGAGGCUUCAAAAAGAUCACAUUGAAUUAACAAAGAGUGAUAAGGAGAUUUCUGAAGCCAUCUCUCUCUAUGAGCUCUAUAAGGAAGCAGGAGAUGAAGUAGUAAAUGCAAUCCAUGAAGGCAAACCAGUAGAAUCGCUCGGUACAGAAAAGGAGAAGGUUCUGUACUUGUAUUUACUGGGUCAUGCAAAAGAAGCCAUUGAACAUGGAAUUUCAUUGUUGAAAAAGAGUGCCACCAAGGCUGAUGGAAGAGCAGCUCUCAUCCGUAUUUUAGAUUGUCUCGAAAAGAAGGACGACAAGAAGAAGUUAGUCAUGGACACGAGAAAGAGGAUGGCAAGUUUGUUAUUCUAA